AUGGCAGACCGUUUCCCAUCCAUUGAAGAUAUUGACGCUGGCGAAACAGACGUUCGACCAGAUUCUGCAGCGCAGGGUAGCUUCCUCGAGCGAGAACGAGCCCUCCUUGGUGAAGAUGCAGACCUCUUCGCUGCCAACGACCGACCCGGCGCUCCAACUGUCGAAGACGGCGUUGAUGACCUCCUAGGCGGUGGCGACGGCGAUUUCACAUCCGCUCCAGCGCAGCCUUCAAGCGGAGCGCAGGACGACCUUGAUGCUUUUGAAAGUUCUUUUCCUGAAAUCGACACAAGAAACGAUAACGUCGGACCCGGCGGUACUAUUACUGAUUCUGCGACCCCUUUUCAAGGAGGGUACACAAAUUACACUGCCCCUGCGCAGGAGGAAGAGACGGAGCCCAUUCGCGAAUGGCGAGCAAAGAGAGAUGCAGACAUAGCUCGCCGAGAUGAAGCGUCGCAGCGAAAGAAGGAAGAAACCAUCUCAACGGCCCAGAAGGACAUUGACUCAUUUUACGAAUCAUACAACCGCAAAGUCGACAAGCAGAAGGCGCAGGUUGCAAAAGAGGCAGAGGAAUUCCUUGCUCAGCGAGAAGACACGACCGCCGGUGGCACUGCUUGGGAGCGGAUUGCCAAGUUAGUAGACCUGAGCGGAAAGGGUCAACAAGGUGGCGGAGAUGGGUCAUCCAAGAAGAGGAUGCGAGAGUUGCUUCUCAGCCUGAAAGCCGACAAGGACGCGCCAGGGGCUUCGGGCAUUUGA